AUGAUGGAUAAUAUAAAAGAAGCUGAAAUUUCUUUAAGGGGUGUUUUAGAAGGUGGUCAUAGUGACUGGGUUACAUCUGUAUCAACACCAACAGACCCCAAAUUAAAAACUAUUGUUAGUGCUUCAAGAGAUAAGAAAUUGAUCGUAUGGAAUAUCAAUACUGAUGAUGACAGUGGAGAAAUCGGAACAGCUAAAAAAUCUUUAACCGGUCAUUCCCAAGCUAUUAAUGAUGUUUCCAUAUCGUCCGAUGGUUUAUUUGCCUUAUCAGGUUCUUGGGACCAUUCAGUACGUUUAUGGGAUUUAUCACUUGGAGAAACCAUAAGAUCAUUUAUUGGCCACACGUCUGAUGUUUUUAGUGUUUCUUUUAGCCCAGAUAAUAGACAAAUCGUCUCAGCUAGUAGAGACAAAACUAUUAAAUUAUGGAAUACCUUAGCACAAUGUAAAUAUACGAUAACAGAUCAACAGCACACAGAUUGGAUUACAUGUGUUCGAUUUUCACCUUCACCAAAUCAAGCUAUUAUAGUUUCAUGUGGUUGGGAUAAAUUAGUUAAAGUGUGGAAUUUAAAAAAUUGUGAUUUAAAUAAAAACUUAGAAGGACAUACUGGUGUUCUAAAUACUGUCACAAUUUCACCUGAUGGUUCUUUAUGUGCCUCAGGAGGUAAAGAUGGUGUUGCCAAAUUAUGGGAUGUUAAGGAAGGUAAACAUUUAUAUUCCUUAGAAACAGGUUCAACCAUUAAUUCACUUUGUUUCUCUCCAUGUGAUUAUUGGUUAUGUGCAGCAACGGAUAGAUUUAUAAGAAUAUGGAACUUGGAAAGCAAAUUAAUCAUUUCAGAAAUUUAUCCUGUCAAACAAUCUAAAAUAGGUGUACCUUGGUGUACAUCCUUAACUUGGUCAGCUAAUGGACAAUUAUUAUAUUGUGGUUCUACAGAUGGAAAUAUAUAUGUAUACGAAGUUAAAAAGCACUCAGUUUGA